GAAGGAUGUGGCAACAGUCUCGGCUGUGAGAGACAGAGAGGGACAAUCAGCACUGACAGAUACACUCCUGCUUCUGACUAUCUGAGGACUCUGACCAAGUUUUCUCAUCCUGAUGGGGGAUGGCGCUGCCGACUUCCUGUCUGUCUGAAGAUCAGUUCACCUGCUCCAUCUGUCUGGAGGUGUUCAACAACCCAGUCUCAACACCAUGCGGCCACAGCUUCUGCCAGUCCUGCAUCUGUUCCUAUUGGGAUGGAGGAACUGGAGGACGGGGGGCAAAGUCCUACCAGUGUCCCCUCUGCAAAGAGUCCUUCCAGACACGUCCUGAACUCCAUAUCAACCGGACCCUAAAAGAAAUCACUGAGCAGUUCAAGCAGAUGUCAUCAGGAAGAGUGAUGGGGGGCGAGCCUCCUAAUCCACACCCCCAGUUAAACCUGUUUGCACCUACCAGACCGAGGGACAUGCCAGGGACUGUGUUUGUUGAGAUGAUGGCUCGUUUCCAGCAGCUGAACAGUCCUGGGUCUCCACAUGCUGUCUUCGCCGGUCCCACUGACAACAAUGGCUACCCUGAGGCCCCACCAUCAUACUUUCAGAGUGUGAGCGACCCUGCCGAGGUCCCCCCAAACCUGCUUCCGUGUCCCACCCACCAGCGAGGUCUGGAGUUCUUCUGUCGCACUGACAGCAUGUGUGUGUGCAGCGGGUGCUUGGAGACAGCAGAGCACCACGGACACGACCUGGUGUCCGCCAUGAGGGAGUGGAACAUCAAGAAGGCCCAUUUAGGCUUCACAGAGGUGGAGCUGAAGGACCUCAUCAGUGAGCGAGAGACAAAAGUGGAGGAGAUCCACAACGCCGUACGAGACCUGAGGGCUGCUGCAGACAGAGAAACCGAAGGGACUGUUUGUGCUUUCUCCAAGCUGAUCUCCAGUGUGGAGCACUGCCAGGCCCAAGUCCUAGAGGCGAUAGAUUUGAGUCUUCGAGUUGCAGAGAACAGAGCUCAGAGUUUACUGAGAGAGCUGGAGGAGGAGAUAGCUGCUCUGAAUAAGAGGAGGCGGACCCUGAGCCAGCUGGCUGUGUCUGAAGACUACAUUCUCUUCCUCAAGAUGUUCCCUACUCUGUCCACCCCCCCACAGGCCAAGGACUGGUCCAAUGUCUCUGUGCCAUCUCAGCUGACCUCAGGGGUGCUUCUCAGCAGUGUCAAUCAGACGAUGGAACGCCUCGAGGAAGAGAUUGAGAAACUGACAGAAGUCUGCCGGCGAUCAACCCCUCCUAUGCCAUCCCCCAGGCCCAGCCCAAAAGUCAGACGGGUUCAGGAAUAUGCAGCUGACAUCACCCUGGACCCCAGCACCGCUCAUGCACGCCUCAUCAUCUCAGCUGAUGGGAAGCAGGUCCACUGUGGCGAGCGCCACCAGCUGGUACCAGACAACCCAGAGCGAUUUGAUCGGGUGGUGUGUGUGCUAGCUCAUCAGGGCUUCAGCUCAGGGCGGCAUUACUGGGAGGUGAACGUUGCAGGAAAGACGGACUGGGACCUGGGACUCGCUCGACGCUCUGUUAACAGGAAGGGCAAAAUCACUGUAAGCCCCACCCAUGGUUACUGGAUCCUCAGCCUGAGGGAUCGGACUGACUACGCAUUUAGAGGAGUUCCUUCUAACAACCUGAUGAUCAACAUCAGACCUUCUCGUAUUGGGAUCUACGUGGACUGUGACAAAGGUCUGGUGUCGUUCUACAACGUUGAGGCCAAACUGCUCAUCUACUCCUUCACUGGCAGCUUUCUAGACACCGUUCAUCCAUUCUUCAGCCCCUGCACCAACAAAUCAGGACAGAACGAAGCUCCAGUAAUCAUCUGUCCCGUUGCAGAAUGAAACGAGACGUUUUCACAUGUAACAUCAUCAAAAGGCAUUAACGAAUUUCACUGACAUACUGACGAGUCAGUGACUCCGAGUCUACGUACUGACGAGUCAGCGACUCCGAGUCCACAGCAACCUCGAUGUUUAAUUCUAGUGUUUGAUGUUGAAAUGUUAAUCAUUCAAACCUUCACGAAACAGAGAUUUUUCCUGUUUCGAUUCGGGAUUCAAUAAAUAAUUAUGGGUUGUGCAGCAAAAUGAAGGAAAAAAGAAUGUAAAAAUACUAGCCUGAAAUAUGUUAAUAAAAAUUACAAGUAAUUUGAUUACUUUUAAACGUUAAACAACAAAAGUCAUUUGUGGAUGGGGGUUGGGGUGAAAAUGGUUGGAGGCAGGUUUUGCAGGAAUUCAUUGGUCCAGAUCAUUAGUUUCUUCUAGUACCAAAUAUUUGACAUGUUCAUCCUUUUUCUAUACCUGCUUGCCCAUUCAGGGUCGC